AACUAUCACUACCACACCCUACUUGCAAUUUUAACUUGACACCAAAACACGUCUGCGUUUACGGGACAGUUACUCACCGAUUCCCCUCACUUUGGGUUUCCUGAUUACUUAGAAUCCAAACAUUACUGGGAAGGAAAAAAAAAAAAAAAACCCAAAAAGAAUUCGUUCUUGGGUCAAUCCUCCCACUUAAGUCUCCUCAACUUUGCCUGAACCUGCUACAGAAGGAAAACGCUCCCUCUCACGUUCAGGACCACACAGGGAAAAGUCAUUCGGGAAGUAUUUUGGACACCCUUGAGUCUCGGAUAGAAACGCGUACAUAUACACUGAUGGCAAGUAAAUCUGCGGUGACUCAUCAAGCUGCGUUGAUGCUGCUUUUAAUGACCUGGAGGGGAAGCAUACAUUGCGAUGGAUAUACAGUGGAUCCUCCUGAGAACCUUGUGAUAUUAGACCCUGGACAUCUUGGACACCUUGAGAUUACAUGGAGUCCCCCAGCCAGCAUGAUCAACAUGACAGAGUGUCCCAAACGUUACCAGCUGGAGUACUUCAACACCUACAAGGACAGUUGGACUGCCGUCAGGACGUCUAAGAGGUCAUACCGUGCCCAGUUUGAUCUGAUGAAAGACGUCAGAGUGAGAGUGUACACGCUGCUGAGCGGACCCUGCACCAACGGCACUAUGGUCGAGAGUACAAACUACACUGAACUGGUUCAGAAGCCUCCCAGCACAGGUGUUGUGGGUGCCACGGUCAAGGACUUUGUCUGUGUGUUCCAUAACAUGGAGAACAUGGAGUGCACAUGGGAAAGAAGCCCAAAGAUGCCAGCCAACUCACAGCAAAAGCUGUAUUUCUGGCACAAGAAACUGGAACGAGCGGAGGAAUGCCCAAAAUACAUAUUUUCAGGCGGAUUCAGGAGCGGCUGCAACUUCACAGAGAACGCUCUCCCUCUUUUCACUGAUAUCAACUUCUGCAUAAAUGGCUCCUCUUCUGAAGGGCUGCUGAAACCAAUGUUCACCUCCCUGCAGAUGCAAAACCAAGUGAAGCCUGGAACCACAGAGAAGCUGCAUCUGCAAGCAGGUCCAGACGCGCAGCUGGAAGUACACUGGGAGCUUCCUGUUGGGAUGGACUCUGGACGCUGCCUAGAAUGGGAGGUGCAACAGGAGGGAUCUGAUGGAAAAACUGCAUCGAUUUUAACCAAAGAGAUGAAACUGACCCUGCCCCUCAUUCACGACCAUGAGAGAAACUGCUUCAGGGUCCGGUCCAAAUUGCACAAGUAUUGUGCAGACCGAAGCUUUUGGAGCGAGUGGAGUCAUCCAACCUGCUACCCAGUUCGUGGAUCAAUGUAAGAGUUAAACAUAAAUGACACAAACAGAAGACCAAAUAAUACAUUAAACUGUGUUAGCAUCACAAAGUCAGAAAGUACGUCAAAUAAACUUGAAAUUAUUAGAGACAAACAAAUGCAACUAGCAUACCUUGUUGCCAUCUCGACUCUCACAUUUCCAUUUUAACUUACUCUCCCUCUUCAUCCUCAUCGUUUCUCUCCCCGUGCUCUGUGUUACCGUCUCUGCAGCAUUUACUGUUUUUUAUACGAUUAGUUUCUGUUUGUUAUAUGCGUAGUGUCCUUUCAAAAUAAAAGUACGUGUUCACAAGAACAACGUAAUAAAUACAUUACAAACACAAAUUUUACACGUGUGAACCACUCUGCAUUGAUGUCGUUUACACUACCACCAAAUUAAAUGUUUUACAUGUAGGUUCAUUUAAAACACAAGUAAUUUGCUUAUGUGAAAUUACUUUUUACUGAACACUGUUUACACAUCACACUCUUACCUUCCCCUUAUGUUUAAGAGGCCUCUCCAAGGGCCACUAACUUGAUGUUCUACCACAGAUGCUUUGCUUACGCAUUCACCUUUUUUGUUCAGACUUUUAUCUCCUAGAAAUAUCUUGACUCUCCUUACAAGUCCAUCUUUGUCUGAUACAGCCUCUCUUCCAAGUCUCCACACAGAUCUUGAUUGCAUUUCAUCUGUGUCCAUCAGUAUGUCACCUACAUGAAAGUUUCCCUUGGGCAUGUGCCAAGGUUGUUAGACCGUGAUGCUAAUGGAAUACGCUUUCCUGCAGUGGCUCCAAAACGGCUCUGCCAUUGUUCACACAAGGCCUCUCUGACAAAUUUGCCUGGGACAGAUAGUGCAGUGCAGAGGUUGCCCAGGUUGUCUGCUGUAAGAGGGCAGCUAUUGCCUCAUACGGUAAAGUCCUUGGGGACAUUCCCUUGACUCUAUCAGGACCGAUCUGUCCUUCCCACACUCCACCAGCAUGGCUUGCAUGAGGUGUGUUCAAGACAAAAUAAAUGUGUUUUUCUACAAGGACAAUUGCCAGUCUAUCAGCAUCAACUUUACACUGCUUGAAGUUCAUUUUUGGCCUUGAAGUUCAUUUUUGGCACCUACAAAAUCAGUACCAGGAAAAAAAUCAAUGCAGACUGUUGAUGAAAACAUCAGUCGACAGCUCAUCUAACAUCUCAACAUGAGUCGCACGAGAACUAAAGCAUGUAAACAAAAAUCCAUGUCUUUUGUGUUCUAUUCAUUCUUGUUUAGUCAGAAAUAUGCCCAGGUGUUUAACCAUUUCAAGGCAUUGUGCAGUUAUCAGUUUUGUGAUAACAUGUACUCUGGGGAUGACUAUUGUGAGCUUCAGUGAGCUACAAAGGGCUGAAUGACGUAGUCUUCCUCCCACCUUGAGCAGAGCAUCUCUGUCUAAAAAGACAUCAAGAUGAUAUAGCUUAUUGUUACUUGGUAGCAGAUUCCCUCUGCUUUGUGUCUUUUGCAUUUAAUCUGUCUUUUAGGAGUAGCCAUGAGAGAUGUAUUUUUUUUCCCAUGGGUGCUUGGGACCCAUGAGCCAACUGGAUGACAGCAGUUCCACUGUCAGUUCUAGCCUCAGAGUAGCGGUGACCUUUGUGGGAGACACACAAGACUUACGCAUGAUAAAAACUCAGUGAACGUCUCCAUCCUUCUUCUUAAGUCUCAGAUAAGAACACUGUCCAUAUCUAGUAGUGCUUGCACCUGAUGCAGUUCCCUUUUCACCACUUUUCCUAAGUUGGCAGGCACUUAACAUCUGUCUGUAUUCUCUCAACACUGAUGAGAUCUUGUCUCUAAUGCUACAAAUGAAUUGGGCACCAAACGGAUAUGCAAGGCUGUUCUCUUUGGCUAUAUCUGUGUGCCUACAUCUCCAUUUUUCCACCAUAAGAAGCAGAGGUAUUUGCAAUCAUUCUCUUGGACUUGAAACAGACAAAGCAUUUUUUUCUAUGUCACACACCAAAGCUAUUGAACGCUGUUGAGUGCGUACAAAAGACAUCUAUUAUAUUGGAUUGUUCAUAUACACUGUACAUUUUUUUAGCGUUUUUUCUGUUGGCAUUUUGGUAUGCUCAGAAUGGCGAGGUUCGUCUACAGUGCUCUAGACACUAUAGAUCGGCCAACUUUUUUGCCUUACCUUUGAAUGUUUCCUUUAUAUCCUGUCUUUUGUUUUCACUUGUGUUUUGGAGUAAGUCUAUAAAUUUCUUUAGUAGAACAGCAAUUUGUUCAUUAAUAUCCUUAAGGCUCACAGAUGAAGCUUGUGUUCCCUCCAUCAUCAGUGUGGCCUUCUCUAUUCCUUUAUUUAGUCUCAGUUUCCAGACUACAUUCUGCCACUUGCUGUUUUCACCUUGAGACCAUACCUUGGUGCCACUCUCGACUGGAGCAAUUAAACUGAAUACUCAAUAUUAAAGGUCUGUGUUGGAUUGGGAUCUGGGCCAAAAAAACUUGACUGGGACAUUUAAAUUCAUGAGAGAUUUGUAUUUAAUCAUUCCUAAAUGAUCCAUUCAAAGUGUGUUUCCAAUGAGUUAAGGAAUUACAAACUAAGCUGCAAAGCAACAUUUUUGU